AUGAUGGAAGAAAAAGAUAAUGUUGCUAAAAGGAAGCGUACACUUGAUAUUACGGUCGAAGCGCCUAAUAACUUAGAUCUAGAGACUUACAUUUCAAAUUACAGAGGGCAUACAAAGGUUGAUCGUUUGCUUUUUAUAGCAAAGCGAUGUCCUAUACUUCAGAAUGACGCUUAUAGACUUGCCUUACAAGAAUUACGCGACAAUUCUCUUGAUCAUAACAGAUAUAUUUCAGCUGCUACUAAACUUAACGAAGCUUUGACAGCUAAAGGUUACCCAUCUUUUUCAAUUGAUAAUACAUGGGUAGACUCAACACAAAAACGUGCAAAAUCUUUAUUGGAAAGGUUGGAAGUUGAAUUAAAGAAUUAUAAAAAUAAUCUAAUAAAAGAGAGCAUAAGGAUGGGACAUAAUGAUCUUGGGGAUCAUUAUUAUAAUUGUGGGAAUUUGACAAAUGCAUUGAAAUGCUAUUCUAGAACUCGAGACUAUUGUACAACAGCCAAGCACGUUAUAGAAAUGUGCUUGAACGUUAUCAAGGUUUCCAUUGAAUUGGGUAACUUUUCUCAUGUGCACAGUUAUGUUAUUAAAGCAGAGUCUACUCCCGAUAUUCAACCGGUUGUACAGGCAAAGUUGAAAGUUGCUGCGGCUUUAGCUCACCUUGAUAAUAACAAAUAUAAGUUGGCUGCUCGAUUGUUCUUGGAGACAAGCUUUGAGAUCUCUCAUGCAGCAAAUAAUUACUCUGAGGUCAUUUCUCCAAAUGAUAUAGCUGUGUAUGGAGGUCUCUGUGCUCUUGCUUCAUUUGAUCGAUCAGAACUUAAAAGCAAAGUUAUUGAUAAUACCGAGUUUAAACAGUUCUUAGAACUUGAACCUCAUAUUAGAGAGCUCAUUCACGGAUUUUACAAUUCAAAAUACUCAGUUGUAUUGGAUAUUUUGGACAAGUGGAAGAACGAUUACUUGCUUGACCUUCACUUGCACAGUCACGUGGAAAACCUUUAUGAUAAUAUUCGUAAGAAAGCUUUGGUGCAGUACUUUAGUCCUUUCCUUACAGUAGAUAUGAACAAAAUGGCACAAUCUUUUGGAACUAACGUGCAAAAGUUGGAAAGAGAACUUGCCAAAUUGAUCACAGAGAAUCAUAUUCAAGCGCGAAUUGAUAGUCAUAAAAAGAUUCUAUGUGCAAAGCAACAAGACCAACGAAGUGGUAUAUUCUAUAAAGCUUUGAAAAUGGGUGAUGAAUUCGAACAGAGCACUAAUGCUAUGUUGCUUCGCAUGAAUUUGUUGAAAUCUAAUCUCGUAGUGUCGACUAAUCAAAAGUAG